UGCCAAUUUCUCAUUUCAUUUACCUGAAACAAAUAAAAUAUAUGGCACUCUACGGUAAUGGUUUUAUAACCAUUCCAGGCUUAGUUGAACCUAAAACAAGUAUUAUAUGUCUCAAACAUAUCGUGUUGAAAUUGAGGAAGGCAAACCCCCGAGGAUAUUCUUCUGAUGUCCUUUGUACGAGGACAAGGAUGAUGUGGGUUGUGGGUAUAUAGAAUGGUUGGAUCACAACAACCAAGAUGAGCUGAAGUUCCCCUCUGAUGAUGACUUUGAGGAGCCCAUGUGGGAAGAUUUAGAAUCAGAGGAUGACAAUACCGAGUCACCAAUCAGCAAAUGAAUUAAUGUCUGUUAUGUUAUGUUAAAGGUGAAGUUGUAUUUUCUGCAAGCAAAUAUGUAUUGUUAUCACUUAGAACAUGUAUUCUGUGAAGACAAACAUGUAUUGUAUCCGAAUAUAGUUCUUACUAUGCUGCAUUUAUAUCCAGUACACAUGGCUGACGUCCUCGUCUUCCAAGGUGAGCACCUUCUUCUUUGAUCUCACUCCGAAAAUGGAAGUGCCAGAAGGAGGGUCGUAGUGUCGUACGAAUGCGAGCAGCAACUCUUUCUCAACCGAAAGCUUCCUUUUCUCCAACAGGCCAUCGAAUCCAGCCUUAUGUAGCUCCUUUAGGCAUGCCUCAUAAUAGUUCGGAUCGAGCUUCCACGAGUCUGCAAGGUGGCACCGAUGCUGAGUGGCAUGCACUUUCUUGCCUUCUGCCUGUGAUUUCUUGGGAGGUGGCUCACCAGCAGCAGAAUUCGAAGCCUUCACCAGAGCAGAAGAGCCUGGAGCAUAUGUGGCUGGAGUAGAAGUAGCUAGAGUGGCUGGAAGCCUGGAACAGAAGUGGAGGCGACAGUCUUCUUUCGAGCAGCUUCCUUCGGACGAGCAACAGCCGCCUUCCCACGAGCAGCAUGUUCCUCUGUAGCGGCCUCAGCAAAAUCACGGUCAGCAUCAUCCUCAACCUUCUCAGCAGCAGCACGGGCAGCCUCAGCCUCAGCCUUCUGAGCAGCAGCACGAGCAGCCUCAACCUACUCAAGGGCAAUAGAUUCGACUAUGUAUGGUUCAUCAGCUUCAAUCUCAGCAUCGCUAACUGGUGGAGUAUUGCAUUUGACAGCCUUUUUCUUAGACCGAUCCAUUAUUCCCAAGGGCUGCAAGAAAACAAAACAAUAAACAAUAAACUAUAUUCAAAACCAAGCCAGUUGCAGUCUCAAAUACUCGCAAUAAUAUUCAACAUGCAUGAAGUAAUAUGCUCAAACGAGAGAACAAAUAUUGAAAAUGGAA